UGCACAAUCGAUACCUGCUACACAUUCUCGGUCACAGAAACCGACAAGAGUGCUAAAAGCCGAACAACAGUCUUCAUCUCAUUCACAUCCAUCAGGUUUUGAAAGAAACAGCUAGUUGGAGGGACUAUGUCGCGAUGUUGGCGUUUUUGAGGCCCAAAACAUGCACAUGAGCGAUGACGCAUGACCAUCUGUGGCCAGCAUGUCCUUACAAGACCGGCGCAACAACGAGGGCUACAAGAACUGGCUACGGGUGGGGUUAGCGCUGUUAGCCACCCGGGAUGGUCUCACGAACGUCACCUUGCGAGCCGCGAAAGAACUUCAUGCAGCUCUCAAAGCCAAGCUUGGGGACAGCGUAGAGAAAUGCACCUGCAAUCCUAAGAAAAAAGAAGAAUGUAAGGAUUGUAAAUCCUGGCGACAGGAAUUGGCAACGCACUACAAAGGGAAUAAGUCUCAGAUCUACUGGACUAACUGCACCCCCAACAAGUGGAGCAAGGAACCAUGGGAGGUGGCAAAAGUGUUCAUGCCCCGAGGACAGAGUAUUGGAAACAUCGGGCCCGAGACUUCAGAUACUUCAGCGUUGUUGAACUUCCUCGUACACUGCAAGUGUUGUAACAAGUAUGUCAGCGUCAAGGCCACACAAAAGGUAGGUCAUUUCCAGUACUCCAUUCCUUAGAGA